AUGGGUGACUGGAGCUUCUUGGGGAACAUUUUAGAACAGGUGAAUGAGCAAUCCACCGUCAUUGGGAGGGUUUGGCUCACAGUGCUCUUCAUCUUUCGAAUCCUGAUCCUGGGAACAGCCGCCGAAUUAGUCUGGGGAGAUGAACAGUCAGACUUUGUGUGCAACACCCAACAGCCUGGUUGUGAGAAUGUCUGUUAUGAUGAAGCCUUCCCCAUUUCCCACAUCCGUCUCUGGGUCCUUCAGAUCAUCUUUGUCUCCACACCUUCACUUGUGUACUUUGGGCACGCUGUGCAUCAUGCACGAAUGAAGGAGAAGAAGAAAGAGAGGGAGGAAGCUGAGAGACGUCGGCUAGGUGAGAUGGAGAAUGAGGGGCUAAACUUAGCUCCAAUCCAAAUGAGGGGGGGCAAGAAGUUCCCACUGGAAGGAACAUUAUUGAGAACGUAUGUCUGCCACAUCAUUUUCAAAACCCUCUUUGAGGUUGGGUUCAUUGUAGGCCAGUACUACCUGUAUGGGUUCCGAAUUCUGCCCCUCUACCGCUGUGGCCGGUGGCCCUGUCCCAACCUUGUGGACUGCUUUGUAUCCAGACCCACUGAGAAGACAGUCUUCAUUAUGUUCAUGCUGGCGGUGGCCUCAUUAUCUCUCUUCCUCAACCUCGUGGAGAUCAGUCAUUUGCUCAUGAAAAGGAUGCAGCUGGCUUUCUGGAAGCCGGCGGAGCCACCGCUGGGGGAGAUCUCAGACAAACCCCUACAUUCCCUCGCAGUGACUUCCAUUCAGAAGGUCAAGGGCUACAAGUUGCUGGAGGAGGAAAAGCCAGUGUCCCACUAUUUCCCCCUAACCGAAGUGGGGGUUGAAGCUAGCCACCUUCCAUCCUCCUUCAAUGACUUUGACGAGAAGAUUGGUAUGGGGCCUCUAGAAGAACUAUCCAGGGCCUUUGAUGAGCGGUUACCAUCCUAUGCCCAAACAAAAGAGCAGGAAGACAGCAGGGAAGCAGGAGGUGAGCAAGAAGAGGAACAAGAGAUGCUGAAAAGAGAUGGGCAGGGAGAGGUGAAGGGGUUGGAAGAGCAGGAGCCAUCAGCACCUGCUGAAUUGACAGCUGAUAUGAGACCCCUCAGCAGGCUUAGUAAAGCCAGCAGCCGGGCCAGGUCAGAUGAUUUGACUGUAUGA